CUCUCUCUCUCUCUCUGUGUGUGCUGCCACUCUGAUAACCAAGGGGUGGAAUUCAGAGAACUUGUGGAUGGUGUGAAUGAAUCAAACAGUUUGGGCUCCCUCAAUUCCAGAGGCUUAUAGAUGUCUCAAUUAGGCUUUUAUAGAAGGCCAUGGCGUUAGAUAAGAAAGUUGAUUUCAUGAUUUAUGGGGGAGAUAAGGUUUGAAGAAGAUCACUGAUAGAAAUUUGAAACAUUUGGAGGGAGGAGUAAAGAGGGCUAAAGUUCGAGCAGCAGAGUCUAGUGGGCAGGUUUCAGGAUUGCCCAGAAAAAGUAUAUGAAAACCCUCUUGCGGAGAUAAACGCUUAACCCUAAGACUAAGUUUGGAUAGGGUGGGGAGUAGUAGUGUUCAUCUCUUUAUGGGUGGGUUUUGGUGGUGGAAGCUCUGUAGUUUGCUUAGGAGAGACUUUUCAUGGUUUCUGUGAAGUAUUCCUCUGCCAUAGAUUACUAAAUCUUUGAUUUGCGGUUGAUGCAACUUGUGGAGACUGAUCAGCUUGAGGUGAUGUUUCGGUGUUACUGAUUUGGGAUUGGGUUUGCUUGAUAUCAGAUGCAAGAUGUUGCUGUGAGGAAUCAAUAGUUUCUACUACAGAUUUGUCUAUUUUCCUCCUCCGUUUAGCAGUGGCAAAUCAAUGGUUGGAAAAAUAUAAAAGUGGCUCCAGCUUCAUUUUAAUCAACUUGGAAGAGAGCACCAGUAGAUAAAAAAUAGAGUCUUGUACUAUAUAAAAUUGACUUGGAAGCUAGUCUAAAUACAAUUGACCGGGUAGUAAACAAGAAAAUGGCAGAGAGGCAGCCACUCGACCAACAGCAACAACUGGAGCAGCAGAUACGGUCGCAGACGCCGAAGGAAGACAUUAUUGCCUGCAUAACAGCAUUAGAAACUGCACUCCUUCCAUGCUUGCCUGCAAGAGAACUGCAAGCAAUUGACCGUUCCCCCCAUCCUUCUCAUCAGAUUGAUGUAGAGAAGCAUGCUAGAGAUUUUAUGGAAGCUGCCAAAAAACUUCAACUGUAUUUUAUUGGUCUACAACAUGAAGAUCAACCAACCAAGGAAGAAAUGCUCCGAAAGGAGAUCGCGCUGAUGGAAGAAGAGUUGAAAACCAAGACUGAGCUGAUCAAGAAGCAUGAAAGAUUAAUCCAAGGUUGGAGGAAGGAGUUGAAAGACCAGUUGGACAAACAUAUAACUGAGCUGGAGAAGGUGUAAUUGUCUACUCCAUUUUGGGCAUGUUCUUGUUUUGCUUUAAGAUUUUGAUUUCCUUCCCUAUUUAUUCUGCACCAUUGAGUGGGAUAAGGUAGCAUGUCUGAUUCUGUAUGCUUGGUCAAGUGCAUACUAAAUUACUAGGGAUGAUGAUCAUGUUGUUAUCAAUUGUGUUAUCUCAUUACUUUGGCAUUGUGCAAUUUAAUUAUACAAAUUAUGCCUUAUAAGUUCCUAA